AUGCCUAAACGCGUUCUCGUCGGCUACGGUGUCGACGUCGAUGCCGUAAGCGGCUGGAUCAACACUGAAGAUGGUACCCCCGCAAACCCAACCGACAUCUCCCGCGGCAUCUUCGGCGCCACAGUAGGGAUCGAUCGCCUUUUGACUCUCUUUGCCAAAUCCCACAUCAAAGCAACCUUCUUCGUGCCCGCGCACACCCUAGAGUCGUUUCCCUCCCAACUCGCCAAAGUCCGCGACAGCGGACAUGAACUUGGUCUGCACGGAUACACACACGAAUAUGUGUCUUCCCUCUCCAUCACACAACAAGCCGCCGUACUGGACAAGUCGAUCCAGGUGCUAAGUGAGUUCUGCGGGGGAAAAAAGCCCCGGGGCUGGACGGCGCCGGCAUGGAUGCCAUCUAGGGAGGCUGUGAGGUUGUUAGAGGAGACGGGGAUUGAGUAUGAUCAUUCGUUUAUGCACCAUGAUUGUCAGAUGUUUAGGCUGCCGGACCCGGCGGGGACGGAGGUCAAGGUGACGGAUUUGAAAGGGGAGGCGAGGGAGUGGAUGAGGCCUAUGGGCGAGUUGAAGAGGUCCGAGGUGGUGGAAGUGCCAGCGAACUGGCAUUUGGAUGAUUGGCCGCCUUUUCAAUUUCGGCUCCAGGGCUCUAGCCACGGCUACGUUGAUACGCAAGUCAUUGAACGUCUGUGGAAAGAGCAAUUUGAUUUCUUUUAUCGCGAGUACGACACUUUCGUCUUCCCAAUUUCGAUUCACCCACAGGUCAGUGGAAAGCCACAGGUCAUCCUGAUGCACGAGCGCAUCAUCCAGUACAUCAAUAGUUAUGAGGGAGUGGAAUGGGUUACGAUGGAGCAGAUGGUGGAUGAAUUCAAGGCGGGUAGGAUGCCUGGUGUUGAGGUGACAGGGGGUGUCGAUUUGUAA